AUGUUUCAAUUGAAAGUGUUGCAAUUUAUAUUGUUUGUAGCUUUGCUAUAUAACUCACGGGCAUGUCAGGAUAAAGCAGAGGAGCAAAAGCAAUUGGAUUGGUGGCAAACUGCCGAAUUCUAUCAAAUAUAUCCGCGUUCAUUUAUGGACUCAGAUGGUGAUGGUAUAGGAGAUUUAAAGGGCAUUACCUCAAAGUUGCAAUAUCUUAAGGAUAUUGGUGUGACAGCAGUUUGGCUGUCACCCAUAUUCACCUCGCCUAUGGUGGAUUUUGGUUAUGAUAUUUCCGAUUUCUAUGGCAUUCAACCGGAAUAUGGCACCAUCGAGGAUUUUAGAGACAUGAUCGAAAAGGCAAAUGAACUUGAUUUGAAAAUUAUUUUGGAUUUUGUGCCCAAUCACAGUAGUACGGAGAAUGAAUGGUUUAAGAAAUCAGUGAAACGUGAAAGAGGUUAUGAAGAUUUUUAUGUGUGGCAUGAUGGCAAAUUGGAUGCCAGUGGUAACAGAAUACCUCCCAGUAACUGGUUGUCUGGUUUCCGUGGCAGUGCCUGGCAAUGGAAUGAGGAGAGACAGCAAUAUUAUUUACAUCAAUUUGCAGUGCAACAGGCAGACUUGAAUUAUCGCAAUCCUUUGGUGGUGCAACAAAUGAAACGUGUGUUGAGAUAUUGGCUAGAUCAAGGUGUGACAGGUUUUAGAGUAGAUGCUAUGGCCUUAUUGUUUGAGGUAAAUAUGGAUGCAAAUGGCCAAUAUCCUGAUGAAGAGGUCAGUGGCUUGACCGAUGAUAAGGAUGAUCGUAAUUAUUUGAAAAUGGAUUUGAUGGAAAAUCAACCAGAGAGCAUUGAUAUGGUAUAUCAGUGGCAUGAAGUUAUGCAAAAUUACCAGAGUGUUAAUGGCGGUGAUACACGUGUUUUACUUAUAGAGACCUAUGCUCCUCCGGCAUAUUCAAUGCAAAUGUAUGGCAAUGCCACUACCGAGGGCGCUGAGUUGCCCUUUAAUUUCAAUUUGAUCACUGAAAUUGGCAAGAGUGGUAUGUCGGCUAGAAGCAUAGAGUCCGGUGUUAGCAAUUGGCUUAGCAAUAUGCCAGCGGGCAGAACAGCCAACUGGGUUAUAGGAAAUCAUGAUCAGCGUAGAGUUUCUACACGUUAUGGUGUAAGGAAUAUUGACGCCAUGAAUAUGUUGGUUAUGAUGCUGCCUGGGGCAAGUAUUACUUACCAGGGUGAAGAACUGGGCAUGUUAGAUGGUGAUAUCACAUGGGACGAUUCCGUGGAUCCAGCUGCCUGCAAUUCCAACCCCGAUAUUUAUAAGCAAUUCACUAGAGAUCCUGCCCGCACUCCCUUCCAAUGGUCGGCCGAUAAAAAUGGUGGUUUUUCAACAGCCGCUAAGACCUGGCUGCCAAUGGCUCCCGACUAUGAAACCAUUAAUGUGGCCACAGAGUCGGCUGCCUCAAAUUCUCAUUUGAAAAUCUACAAGUCAUUGGUGCAGCUGAGAAAAUCUUCAAAGACUUUACAACAGGGUUCUUAUAAGUAUCAAGCUUUGAAUGAUAAUGUAUUUGUUUUGGAAAGAUAUUUAGCUGGUGAAGAUACUUUGGUUUUUGUGGCCAAUUUCGGUGAAGGCUCUUAUAGUGCCAAUAUUGUGUCCAAUUUUGACAAUAGUUUACCGGUGUCCAUGAAUGUGAAAAUCGCCAGUUUAGCUUCUACUAAGUAUGCAAAUGCUCCUUUGUCAACAAACUCCAUAUCUUUGGCUGGCGGAGAGGCUGUUAUCUUGGGAACUAAAUAA